AAUGUACUAUUAUAGGGAAGGAAAUGAUGUGCAAGGGCACUAAUUGCCUAAUCGUUAACUGAAAGUGUUGUAAAUGCAUUGUUUUUCAUGAAAAGAUGGUGCUCUGGGGAUACUGUAUUAGUCAAACAUGCCGGUUUGGGAUCUUUAUUGGCCUGCUUGCCCUUGGCUAUGAGCUGUCAUCUGAGACAGGAGUGAAAGCCUGGACAUACCAUUACAGUAUAAACCCCAAUAGGAACUGGGAUUCUGCAAGGGAUUGGUGUCGUCAGCACUACACAGAUAUGGUAGCCAUACAGAACCAGAGAGAAAUCGCAUACCUCAAUGAGAUCCUGCCCAAGAACAAAUAUUACUACUGGAUCGGCAUCAGGAAAGUUAGUGGUGUCUGGACAUGGGUUGGAACCAACAAGACCCUGACCGAAGAAGCUAAGAAUUGGGCCAAGGGGGAGCCCAAUAACAGAGGAAAGAAAAACCAAGAGGACUGUGUAGAGAUUUACAUAAAGAGAGAUCAGGAGGCUGGAAAGUGGAAUGAUCAAAGCUGCAGGAAUGAAAAGGGGGCCCUGUGUUAUCACGCUUCCUGCAGAGAAGAGUCCUGCAGCACCCAGGCAGAAUGUGUGGAGACCAUUGGAAACUACACCUGCAAAUGUUACCCUGGCUUCCAGGGACUGCGCUGCGAGGAAGCUGUAGCGUGUGGCGUCCUGAAGGCUCCGGAACAUGGCUCGCUGCAGUGCUCCCAUACGUACGGUUCCUUCCGGUUCAACUCCUCCUGCGCAUUUCGCUGCGCCCAGGGGUUCUCGCUCGUGGGGGAACCGCGUCUGCUGUGCCAGGCUUCCAGCCGUUGGGACGCCGAUCCUCCCUCAUGCAAGGCUCAACAGUGUGAAGUUCUAACUGCUCCCCUCCACGGUUCCCUGCACUGCUCCCACCCACACGAGGAGUUCAGCUUCAACUCCAGCUGUAAUGUGCGCUGUGAGGAGGGGUUCCUGCUCAACGGUACAGCCUCCAUUCAGUGCACCUCCUUGGGAGUAUGGACGAAGCCUCCUCCACUCUGUCAGGCUAAACAAUGUGAUGUUCUAACUGCUCCCCUCCACGGCUCCCUGCACUGCUCCCACCCACAUGAGGAGUUCAGCUUCAACUCCAGCUGUAACGUGAGCUGUGAGGAGGGGUUCCUGCUCAACGGGACAGCCUCCAUUCAGUGCACCUCCUCGGGAGUAUGGACUGAGCCUCCUACACUCUGUCAGGCUCAACAGUGUGAUGUUCUAACUGCUCCCCUCCACGGCUCCCUGCACUGCUACCACCCACAUGAGGAAUUCAGCUUCAAUUCCAGCUGUAACGUGAGCUGUGAGGAGGGGUUCCUGCUCAACGGUACAGCCUCCAUUCAGUGCACCUCCUUGGGAGUAUGGACUGAGCCUCCUCCACUCUGUCAGGCUCAACAGUGUGACGUGCUAACUGCUCCCCUCCACGGUUCCCUGCACUGCUCCCACCCACAUGAGGAGUUCAGCUUCAACUCCAGCUGUAAUGUGCGCUGUGAGGAGGGGUUCCUGCUCAACGGUACAGCCUCCAUUCAGUGCACCUCCUUGGGAGUGUGGACUGAGCCUUCUCCACUCUGUCAGGCUCGGCAGUGUCUCCCCCUGGUGGCUCCAGGCAGAGGGCAGAUGAACUGCUCUCACCCUCACUCCCUCUUCAGCUUUGGCUCCAGCUGUGAGCUGGGCUGUGAGGAGGGCUUUGUGCUGAGAGGAGCUCCCACUCUACAGUGCACUGAGUCCGGGCUCUGGAGCCACACUGCCCCCUCCUGCCAAGCUCAACGGUGCAAAGUGCUAACUGCUCCUCUCCACGGUUCCCUGCACUGCUCCCACCCACACGAGGAGUUCAGCUUCAACUCCAGCUGUAACGUGAGCUGUGAGGAGGGGUUCCUGCUCAACGGUACAGCCUCCAUUCAGUGCACCUCCUUGGGAGUGUGGACUGAGCCUUCUCCACUCUGUCAGGCUCGGCAGUGUCUCCCCCUGGUGGCUCCAGGCAGAGGGCAGAUGAACUGCUCUCACCCUCACUCCCUCUUCAGCUUUGGCUCCAGCUGUGAGCUGGGCUGUGAGGAGGGCUUUGUGCUGAGAGGAGCUCCCACUCGGCAGUGCACUGAGUCCGGGCUCUGGAGCCACACUGCCCCCUCCUGCCAAGCUCAACAGUGUGACGUGCUAACUGCUCCCCUCCACGGCUCCCUGCACUGCUCCCACCCACACGAGGAGUUCAGCUUCAACUCCAGCUGUAACGUGAGCUGUGAGGAGGGGUUCCUGCUCAAUGGGACAGCCUCCAUUCAGUGCACCUCCUUGGGAGUAUGGACUGAGCCUCUUCCGCUCUGUCAGGCUCAACAGUGUGAAGUUCUAACUGCUCCCCUCCACGGUUCCCUGCACUGCUCCCACCCACAUGAGGAGUUCAGCUUCAACUCCAGCUGUAAUGUGCGCUGUGAGGAGGGGUUCCUGCUCAACGGGACAGCCUCCAUUCAGUGCACCUCCUUGGGAGUAUGGACUGAGCCUCUUCUGCUCUGUCAGGCUCAACAGUGUGAAGUUCUAACUGCUCCCCUCCACGGUUCCCUGCACUGCUCCCACCCACAUGAGGAGUUCAGCUUCAACUCCAGCUGUAACGUGAGCUGUGAGGAGGGGUUCCUGCUCAACGGUACAGCCUCCAUUCAGUGCACCUCCUUGGGAGUAUGGACUGAGCCUCCUCCACUCUGUCAGGCUCGGCAGUGUCUCCCCCUGGUGGCUCCAGGCAGAGGGCAGAUGAACUGCUCUCACCCUCACUCCCUCUUCAGCUUUGGCUCCAGCUGUGAGCUGGGCUGUGAGGAGGGCUUUGUGCUGAGAGGAGCUCCCACUCUACAGUGCACUGAGUCCGGGCUCUGGAGCCACACUGCCCCCUCCUGCCAAGCUCAACGGUGCAACGUGCUAACUGCUCCCCUCCACGGUUCCCUGCACUGCUCCCACCCACACGAGGAGUUCAGCUUCAACUCCAGCUGUAACGUGAGCUGUGAGGAGGGGUUUCUGCUCAAUGGGACAGCCUCCAUUCAGUGCACCUCCGCGGGGGUGUGGACUGAGCCUCCUCCUCUCUGUCAGGUUGUGCAGUGUCAGGCUCUGGGUGACCUUCUACCCCCAUUCCUCUCCAUGAAGUGCUCCAACCCACUGGGGAUCUUUAGCUUCAGGUCUCAGUGUUUCUUCCACUGUGGGAAUGGUUCCUCACUGAAUGGGACAUCUAAACUGUCCUGCGCCUCCAACGGGACGUGGAAUGCACCUAGGCCCUCAUGUACAGAACCGGAAAUGACAUUUGGGACAGGCUUGCUAAUCUCUGCAGGGGUGGGGUUUGCUUCGGCUGUUUCCCUGCUUCUCCUGGGCGGACUGGUGUUUCUCAUUGCUUCUCACCUUUCCAAGAGAGCUCAUAAAUAUCAUCUGAAAACCAGGGAUUUUGCUGUUUUGGGAGAACUAGAAAACCCUGCAUAUGAGGAAGGUUAGAGUAUCCUAUGACAUACCUUUGUGGUAUAUAUCCAACAGAGAUCCAUAGUAGAAUAUAUGGUUCUUGAGA